UUAAUUGUUAUUAUUUAAAAAAUUUAUUUUGAAAACAUCCUAUUUUUUUACAGGCGGAUACAGAUAUAUCAAUACCCAAGGAUGUCCCUCCAGGCCGAAGAGAGGUGACCGUGUACAAGUCUAAUGAAAAUGGUGGACUUGGAAUAUCAAUUAAGGGUGGCAUAGAGAACAAGAUGCCGAUCUUGAUUUCUAAAAUAUUCCCUGGGAUGGCUGCGGACCUGACCGGCGCGCUACAUGUCGGAGACGCAAUCUUCAGUGUGGAUGGAGUAGAUCUUAGGGAUGCUACUCAUGAUGAUGCUGUGAGAGUACUCAAGAAUACGGGACCACAGGUUAACUUGGAAGUCAGAUACUUAAAGGAAGUUACUCCAUACUUUCUCAAGGCGACCUUACUGGGAAGUAUUGGUUGGGACGGGUUGGAUUCCUUCCUGGUUCCUGAAUCCAGUAGAUUUCCCCCUGCCAGCUCAAGAGCAGAUAGCAGGAAUAUACCGCUACACUUCUCCAUUGUUUCAAGGCAAUGUGUUUCUGGGGAUGAGGCUGCCAGAUGUUUUGAAGUUCUGUGCCCGGAUCAGAAAUCAUCUUGUGUGUUUAGAGCGGAAACAGCUGGGAUAGCUGCUGAUUGGGCCGCUAAUAUUGCAGCUGUUGUCCGAGAGACCUUUUCUGAAGCGGGGCUAUUAGCCGGCAGAAGCCUGGGCUGUGGAGUAGGUAGAAUAGGUUGGGCCCGGAUUCAAGUUCAGGAUCCUGUAACAUCAGCCUCUAGUGAAUCCUCAUUUGACAGUGGUACAAGCAGUGGGGGAGGGUGGACACAGGUACUCCUGGGGUUAACUGAAUCCCAUUUACUCUGGUGGGAUACUGUUCCUAGUACUCCUCAGCAGUGGAGUACACCACUUAGAUGUCUUAGACUGAUACAGACUCGUCUCGUGAACAACCGAACAGCUGUGUUCCAACCUGAACAGUAUUCAAUAUGCAUCAGACAUGGAGGAGAGGAGGGAGUGAGUUGUCAUGUUAUCUCUCUAGAUAAUAAGAGCGACCAGGCUGCGUGGGCUACAAGAAUUGUAGCAUCUACCUUAGCUGCAGCUAGGCGGGUCAAGAAGUGGGUCACUCAGGUCACCUACAAGGGAAGAUCUUGUGAACUAUGCGUGGAUGCUGAUGAGGGUUUUCUACUCCGUGAUCUCAAACUUGAGCAGUUUAUAUUCUCCAGACCCUUCCCUGACCUGGUCACUUCUAGUGAUGACGGAGCUAGACUGCUUUGGCUUCAGUUCCGAGAGACUGGUGAGGAGGAGUUUGAUCUAGGAAAAAACCCAAAACCUCUGGUUUUUGUCAUUCACACUUUUCUGUCUGCUAAGAUACAACAGCUGACGGAUAAUACAAGAGGAUAGCUAGCUGCGCCGUUGAGAAUCUGGGAUCCAAUGAGAAGCUUCCUUGUGUAAUCAACCAAUCAGGAACCAGAGAGUUGGAUUUUAACCAAUCAGAAAUCAUAGAAUAUAAUUUCAACCAAUCAGAAAUCGGAGAAAAGGAUUUCAACCAAUCAGAGAUCAGAACAGGAAUCAACCAAUCAGAAGUCAGACUAGGAUUUUACUAGAGAAUAGUAAUUUAUCCAAUCAGAGAUAAGAACAGCUUUGACAACAUCCAAUCGGACCCUGCCUUACACAUUUUCUACCACCUCCAAUUUCAAUCAAUCAAUAUGUUCUUUUUAAAGAAUUAAAACAAUUCGAUGUACAAUCACUUUUAGCAACUAGGCAUAUAAACUCUCGUUUAAAUUCCAGGAGUAUAUAUUUUGAAGAAUUUUGAAAAUAUUGAUUUUCAAAUAAGCGGGGGGGGGGGGGAAAAACCGGCAAGGUUCUUUUUCUUACCCAAUUAAGUCAUAAAAAAAGAGAUUUUUUUUCCAAUUUAAAAUUGUUUGUUAUUCUUCAACAAAAUAAAGAGCUCUGGUAAAUUCUCUAUGGUACCAUGAUCUCUAGGCAGCAUGUAUUUGGCAGCUUAAAGGAACUCUCAAUUCAAGAGUUACAAUUUACAAUUUACAAUCACAUCUAUUUAUGAGUUAAAAUGAAGAAGUUAUCAUUGUUUUUCUAUCUGAAAAUGAAUGAUAUCUCAUUAAAUAUUGACUCGUGGAUUAAUCAAUGGAGCGUGUCACUUGAAAUCACAUAGACAGCCCUUUAAAAUUUUUCAUGAACUAACCCAGAACACUGACGCACUUUUAAACAAAAACAAUUAGAUUUUUAAAUCGUAGAUUAACUAAUUUGAUUCUCGUAAUUUUAGUCCUUUUUCUAGUCGCAUCAAAACUGUUAAAUUUUUUAAAUUUUAUUCCAUUAACUCCUAUUUGUAUAACUUGUUUUUUUUUAUGCGUAAAAUUGGUAUUUUUCCAUCAGAAUUGAUUUAUUUUUAUUUCGAUGAAUCAAUUUUUAUAAACUCUGCAUUUAUUAACCUGCAUGUUGAAUUGUUAAUUACUGAAUAAUUAUUAUUUUUUUUUCAUUUAUUAACCUCAUUGUGAUAAAAUCGAGUUCGGCAUUUACUUAAAAAAAUUAAUAUAAUCUUUUUGUUGUACAAAUAUUUAGAUAAAAGUAUCAUUAACAUAAUUUUAAAUCUCCCUCGGAUAAAGUACAAGGCGACUUAAACCCUUUAAACUUUAAACCAUACGAAUAUUGUUUUGCUUCAGAAAUGUUUGUUGUCUUAAAUGUUAACAUCUACAAAAACUUUUUACAUAAUCUUAUUGGACCAAUAUACCUGUAAAUACAAAAAUAAUUUGACCUAACCCUGAGCUGGGAAUUUUUGUAUUGGAGAACUGGCUAAGCCUAGUAAUUCAGCAGCUUAACUCGAUAUCCAGUUCACAGUUUAAAGGUGACGAGCUUAAAGUAAAUCCGGGAAUCUUUAAUUCUUAAAUCCGCCAAAUCAUCUCGGAAACAAAUUCUGGGAAAUGAAAAGGUAGCCAGACCUCCAACUCAAAAAUGUUGCUCUCUGGGGGUGGCAGUUGUUAUUGUCAAUGUUGUGUGCUUUUAGAGUUGAAUGUUUAAUGGAUCAAAUUCGAAUUAAAACCGGUUAAGCACAAGUCUAGAUGUUGACCGUAAACAUUGUUUAGAAAUAUAAUAGUACCGUAAAUAAAUUGCACAAUACAAUAAACACCUUCCCUUUGUUUAACCCCUUUAUUGAGUGUCAACUCUCCUAUGUAUAAUAUACAGGGUCAAUUUUAUAAUACACUUGUGGAUAUCCAGAAGGAUAAGGAUUUGUUCCCGAAUCCUAAUCGUAUUAUCUCGCCCCCCCCCCCUUUUUAAUGUUAGAAAGAUGAUAUAAUUUCUAGUAUAUAAUUUCCUCAUAGAGAAAUUAAGAAGUAUAACUUUUUCUUCGAAUUUCUCUCCCCCUCUCAAAAAAAUUUCUUUAUAAAAAGAUAAAAAUUUGUUUCUCCCAAAAUUCAUUCACUUUCCCAGAAGCAAACUUAUAAUAAAGAUGAGGGGAGAAUGGAUAAUUUUGGAAAUUAUAGAAUCCAAUAUUUAUAAAAUAAUCUGUAUGUGAAUGUGAAACAAUUUUGAUUGUAUACUAACCAUUGAACCAAUAGCCAUGAAAUAUGGGAAAAGAAUUGAA